UUUUACUCUCUCUGCUCUGCGCACCUUCAUCCCUCCCCUCUACAUUCCAGCCCCUGAACCCUGCUCAAGCAUGGCCCGCCCCUCUAAUGUUCAUGUCAAACUGAAUGACGCGGUUUCCGUUCCCCUUCUCGGGUAUGGCACCGGCACCGCCUGGUACAAAUCGGCGGAGGACACCGCCAUCAACCGAGACCUGGUAGAAUCCAUCAAGACUGCCCUUCGACUGGGAUACCGUCAUCUGGACGGUGCCGAGGUAUACAACACCGAAGCCGAGUUGGGCGUCGCCAUCCGCGAGAGCGGCGUUCCGCGAGAAGAACUGUUCGUCACCACCAAAGUGAGCAAUAACGUGACCAACAUCCCUGGCGCCAUCGACCAAAGUCUGAAAAAGCUUCAGCUUGACUACGUUGAUCUCUAUCUGAUUCACCAGCCGUUCUUCGCCCAGUCCGACGACGAUCUGCAGGGCGCAUGGGCCGCAAUGGAAGAGGUACAACGCUCUGGGAAGGCGAGGGCGAUCGGAGUAUCCAAUUACCUGCGGUCUCAUCUCGAGGCUACGCUGCAGACCGCGACCAUCGCCCCGGCCCUCAACCAGAUUGAAUUUCACCCCUAUCUACAGCACGGCGAUUUGCUCGCGUUUCAACAGGAAAAGGGAAUCAAAACCGCUAGCUACGGUCCUCUCACUCCGGCGACUCGCGCGCAGGGCGGGCCCGUGGAUGCGGCCGUGUCGGCGUUGGCUAAGAAGUACUAUGUCUCCGAGGGCGACGUGCUGCUGCGCUGGUCUAUCGAUCGAGGAGAUAUUUCGGUUACUACUAGCUCGAAGGAGUCGCGCCUACAGGAGUAUUUGCGUGUCCUCACUUUCAGAUUGACUCCGGAGGAGGUGGAGACAAUCUCUCGCCUCGGAAAGGAAAAGCAUUAUCGGGCCUUUUGGCGAAACAAAUUCGCCGAGGAUGAUCGGUCAUAGGCCGACCGAGAAAUUGGCGUUUGAACCGCCCUCAGAUUAGGUCUCAGUACCUUGAGUAGGCAUGCACAUACGGUUAGAAGAUGGGCUAGGGCCUUAAGGUCAUGGCUUGUGAGGAAUUACAAACAUUUCAUCUACCUCGACUUCUUUUUUCUUUCUUUUUUUUUG